UAGUGCAUCGAAGUUUAGCACAAAAACCAUGGAUCGCUACAGGAAAGAAAAAACGCUGGAAAUGCGUAAAAAACUCAUAGGGUUGUCCUGCAGACUGUUUUUUCCUGACAAUCCUGUGAAGAUUGUCAGAGCUAAGGGCCAGUACUUGUAUGAUGAAGAGGGCAGACGCUAUCUGGACUGCAUCGGCAAUGUUCAUCAUGUUGGCCAUUGCCACCCACUAGUUGUCCAGGCAGCCUCGGCACAGAUGGAAGUGCUGAACACAAACACUCGCUUUCUCCAUGAUCACCUGGUAGAGUACGCACAAAGACUCUCCGACACACUCCCGGAGAAACUCAACGUCUUCUAUUUUGUCAACUCAGGCUCCGAGGCGAAUGAUCUUGCCCUUCGAUUGGCUCGUCAAUACACCAAGCAUGAAGAUGUCAUUGUUUUGGACCACGCGUACCAUGGGCAUGUUACAUCGCUGAUCGAUAUUAGCCCCUACAAGUUCCGAAAACUUGAAGGACAAAAAGAAUGGGUUCAUGUGGCCCCACUUCCUGACACCUACAGGGGCAAAUAUAGGGAAGAUCACAAAGAUGUGGCCCAAGCUUACGCUGAUGAAGUGAUACAAGUAAUAGAUGAAGCACACAAGAGAAACAGGAAGAUUGCUGCAUUUUUUGCUGAGUCAUUGCCAAGUGUUGGAGGGCAAAUCAUUAUACCAGUUGGCUACUUUCAGAAGGUAGCAGAGUAUGUGCGGAGAGCAGGUGGAAUCUUUGUUGCUGAUGAGGUGCAGGUGGGGUUGGGCAGAGUUGGGAAACACUUCUGGGCAUUCCAGCUUCAGGGAGAAGACUUCACACCUGACAUUGUCACUAUGGGCAAACCCAUAGGAAAUGGACACCCACUUUCCUGCGUGGCUACAACACAGGAAAUAGCAGAUGCUUUCACUGCCACAGGGGUGGAGUACUUCAACACUUUUGGAGGGAACCCAGUAUCAUGUGCGAUUGGACUGGCGGUUUUAGAUGUCAUUGAGAAAGAGGACCUUGGUGGCAAUGCGAUGAAGGUGGGCAGCUAUCUCCUGGGACUGCUGAAUGAGCUGAAGAACAAACACCCCAUUAUUGGAGAUGUCAGAGGCGUUGGAUUGUUUAUUGGGGUGGAUUUGGUAAAAGAUCCAGAAGAAAGGACUCCAGCCACAGAAGAAGCAGACUAUGUGGUGAAAAGAUUAAAGGAAGAAUAUAUCUGCAUGAGUACAGACGGGCCUGGGAGUAAUGUCCUCAAGCUUAAACCACCGAUGUGCUUCAGUAUGCAAGAUGCCAAAUUCGUUGCUGAAAAAAUAGACCUGAUACUGACAGAUAUGAAGGGAAAAUUAAGAUUCACAGACAGCGUGUCUGGCUGAGAGAAGACCUGCAUUUUGGAUAUGGAAGCUUCCAGGGAAUGGAUCUGCCUUUAAAUUGUAGGCAGUGUUGUGUUAAUGUUCACUGUCAAAAUGUACGUGAUUUUUGAUUAGGUAAACUGAUGUGCCUGUGACCAAACCAGUCUGUAGCUCUGCCAUACUGAGAGAACAGGUUUGCUGUCUUGGUUAAAGUUUUUGUGCAGAUUGUUUAGAGUAAAACAAAGAAUAACGCAACCAUAUUACAGUAGAGCCUGCCUCACAACCAUUCCAGGAAAGGUCUGACAGUAUUAGACAGCACAUUAGAAAUGUAAAGUCUGUGUGGUUGCUCCAGAACAGUGAAGCAUUAACCAGAAUGGGCCAACUUAAAAUUAAUUGUUACUUAACCCUUUGCAGUCCUAUGUCUGACAUUACAAUUUUCCCCUUUUCGGUCCAAAGACAUACCCUGUCAAAAAGACGUCAAGCACAGGUCUCUAGUUUCUCUGGAAAAAGCUGAGAAAACCUUUUAAUGGCAGAGUGAGACUGCUAAGUGCACAAACAAAAAAGAAAAAACACACAAAUCUAAGCAAUACACACAGCUUCUGCACCAGACAGAUAACACAGGCAUAAACAAGACAGCUGACUUGGAUCACAUUGAGUUUAGUGAUAAAACAAAUGAUCAGGAGAUCUGUCAGUAUGUGACUACCAAGAGGAGUAGGGCUGGAGAUGCAGUGCCUUUUAAAGCUGUUUUACUGGGGGGGGAACCUGAAUAAAUGGACUGCAAAGGGUUAAAAGGAAACUUCUGAUUUAUUGAAUAGCAUUUAAUUAACAUAUGUAGAAGUUUAUUUUCAGUUAAAGUUAGAAUCAGAUAUGCCCACGGUGCAGUUUAGUAAAAUGCAAAUUGUAAGUUAAAAUGCUGAAAGUCCUGAAUUGUGUUUAAGAAACAAUAUUAAUAUUCUGAACACUAUUUAGCUCUCCUUUUAACUAAAAGCUGUUUUGUGCAGUAAACAUGUUUUAUUGAUCAUUGUUGUGAAUUUAAAUUGUUAAACAAAAGGUAUAAAACAGUCACGACUGUCUGAAGACCUUGCAAUACAAGUUAAUUCAUUCAGAAAUUCAUUCUUAGGUAUUUACUUUUGUUCAUUACAUUUUGCAUGGGUUGUCAUCUUAUUUAAAUUCGCAUCUAAUACGACAUGUAGAAUAGCCAGACAAGUUAACCAAGUAUUUAUAAAAGAAUUAAAAAAAAAAAAAAAAAUCUUUCCCCUUACUAUAAGAUUGAAUAGUGCUGCCACUUCUCUCCAAAAACAUAACAAUCAAAUUCCUUUAAAUAACUUUACUCUGCAUAUAACCA